AUGACUCCCUCAACGCAGCGGAAAAUCGCGAUUGCCUCGGGCGUUGUCGGCGUACUCGUCCUAUUCUUGGCGAUUUGGCAACGGAAACGGCUUCACGAACAGGUAAAGACUCUUUUUGAAAUUUCUCCAGCGAUUUUUUGGAGGGAAAUUGUUGACUUUUUAGCUCCAACGGCGAAGAACGAGUUGGUUUGGCAAAACGUUGCAAUGGCUUUGUCCGGCGGCCACAGGUUAUCGAUUGGUAAGUUGUUCAGGUCGGAUUAUUAUUUGAUGUUCCCUUAUUGAGUCAACUUUUGAAUGAAAUUUCGAAUUCAUAUCUUCCCGCGUUUUUUUGGCAUUGUGUUUCAGGUGGAAAUAUAAGUUUUUUAUUCUUAGAAUACUGGACAUCAGUUUCAUAGGGAUUUUUCAGAUCUUGGCACUGUAAAAUUUCAAAUUUUUUAUUUUCCGGCCACUUAUUGGCGUUGUGUUUCAAGUUCUGUUAUUAGUACAAAAGAUGGAAAAUUUACCAUAAGAUGUCCCAGAAUGUCUUACUUUUUGCUUUGUGAUCCUUUUUGGACUUUUGAGACUCAAAUUUUGUUUUUUGAACCACUGAAACGGAAUGCCAAAGAUGGCGGGAAAAUCGAAAUUUGAUUUUUUUUUACUUGAAAUGGCCAGUUUUUUUGAUUUUACGGGGUUGUAUAAAUUUUCAGGACGGUGAACACGGCGCGACUACAUCAAUGCGUAUGAAUUUGAGUACCGAGCAAGAGUCGACCACCAGAUCCCAUUCUCCGCCGAACUCCACGUUUCAUGACUCUUCUUCUACGAAUAUCACCACUCCCAAAAGUGAAAAGAAUGUUGCUCCGGAUGAAACUGCAAAGCCCCGUGAGGCUGGAAAUAUGCCAGCUACAGAAAGUAGCGAAAUCAAGACAUCUGAAAGUUCAGCGAGUCUGGGAAGUUCAACUGCUAGUGUCUCGGGUAAGGAUAAUAUAAAAGGUCAAUUCUCGAAGACCGAUCGUCGGAUUUUUGUCAAAUUUGGCAGAUGUGGUGUGGAUACAUCGUGUUUUAAUUCCUGAAAUUUUAAGCUUCUAUCUUGCAAGGACGGUUGAGAUAUUCAACGAUCUUUGCGGACGAGAGGGUUAAAACUGUCUUGUCUGCAAAGAUUGUUGAAUAUCUCCACUGUUAAUGCAAGAUGCAGGCUAAAAAUUUCAGGAAUUAAAACAGGACGCAUCCAUAUCAUUUUUGCCAAAUUUGAUAAAAAUCCAACGCUUGAUUUUCGAGAACUAACGAUUUGUAUUACGCAUCUGGGAGGGCUGUGAAAUGAAACUCUAAAAAUCAAUGAUUUUUAGAACCUACCGUCUCUGGCUCAACUGCAACUCCGGGAGAACCUAUCACCGGUGCUGGCCCAACUGCAACUCCGGGAGAACCUACCACCGCCUCUGCCUCAACUGCUAAUCCGGGAGAACCUACCACCGGCUCUGGCCCAACUGCAGCUCCUGGAGAACCGGCGACCGGCUCUGCCUCAACUGCGGCUCCGCCAGAACCUACCGCCGGCUCUGGCUUAUCUGCAACUCCCGGAGAACCUGCCACCGGCUCUGGUUCAACUGCAACUCCGGGAGAACCUACCACCGGCUCUUUCUCAACUGGAACUCCGGGAUUUGCAACUUCAACCGGGUCGGAACUCAGCGCGAAUGACACCCUUUCCAAUCCUGAAAAUACUCAGUCUGCUCGAAGCCCAGGGGCCUCAUCACUUAGGUUAAAAGCCAGACGACCCGAAAGCUCAACCGAUGAAUUGACCGGCGAUUCGGAUGUUUUGGUGAGAUUUAAGGACUGGAUUUGAUUGAAUUUGUCGUUUAUAUUAUACCAGAGACCUCUAUGUUUCAUUUCUCUGCUUUUUCCGGCCAUUUUCGGCGAAGUGACAUUUUAUACGAUGAAAGAUGUUUGGCUUAAAAUUGAAUUUUUAUGCCCGAAAUUUGAAUUCAUAAGAUGCAUUAGACGAAAACGGUUCUAUUUUUAAUAAAUUAACUAUUUGGAGACCGAUUUUUUUUGCGGUUUGAAAUUUUUCAAUUUUGUUUGACAAAAAAUAUUUUUAGGAGCGACACGAGAUGUGUGAUUGUCAAGCGGUCCGUGAUCUUCCCGAAAUCGAAGACUUCGAAGCGGUUUUCGAGGAUGGUUUGGUUCCCGAUGUGCGCCCUACCUAUGUCCUCCCCGUCCAAUUCAGCCCAUAUCGCCCCCUGAACCUGACCGAACCCGAUGAGGAGGAGAUGAAACAAGAUCUAAGCCCUGCAGCCAUCACUUUGGGCAAGAAAUCGCACAGCAAAACCAACUUGUUGACCCCGUUCCGCGCUAUAUUACACUGCAUCGUCUAUGCCUCGAAACACGGAUAUUUGAUCAAGGAACUGGCGGAUAACUAUAGUUAUCUCGAGACGAGUUAG